CCAGAGGAUCCAUGUCAGAGGACCUCAGGUUGCGACCUGGUACAUACAGGAGUAGGAUUCAGGCAGAUAGCGAAAUGCCAGGGAGAGCUUUAAAAGUUAACAAUACGAUCUCAAAAUCUAAAUUUCACUGGCCAGUGAAGUGCAGCUGAAACUGUAUUAGCAACCGGUCAACAUGGAUGAUCCCUGAAACACAAGACAAGGGAAAGAUAAGCCUACAGGCCAGGGCGCCACCACCAGUUAUUUGUUUUUUUGACAUGAAGUGGCAUCAGUUACUCACUGGUAAUGACACUUAUGUAGUUAAAAGGUGACAAUGCAACAGCAGCACAAUAGCAGGCAUUAUGGGAAAUAGGUGGAGUAUUUUAAAUGCAGUAAGUGUGAUACUAGUCAUUGGAGUUUAUAUCUUAAAUUGUAUGUGCUGGAUAUUAUAAUAUAAUAUGAUAUAAUCCUGCGAGUCUCAAUAGUCUGUAACCCAGAUAUGCACAAAACAAGCUUGUAAAAUAAAGCGACUUUCCUUUGAUUCUAAAGUUACAAGAUAGUCUGGGAAAGUGUGGCACAAUGAAACGCAGCGAACAAUGAAAUGAAUAAAGGAAAAGUCGAUUAUAAAAGUGAUGUAACCAAAAACCCAUGGCGACUACAACAGUCUGAGAAAGAAUAACUAUAGGUGAGGGCUUGGCUGCUGAUACAGUAUACAGUAAAUAAGGUAAUGGUAAAGGAAUAUCCAUCUCUGCUGUAUUACACUCUGUGCUGAAAAGAGGGAUUGUUAAUGUAACAUUUGAUCACAAAGCUGUGGUGCAUUGUGGGUGAAUGAAGUAAUGACAGAAGAAGCAUCAAGUGAUCAGCAGGAUAAAAGGCAGAGAGGCAGCGUCUCAUCACACCAGCUGAUCCUGAAAAAGGUCCAACUACCUCAUCAUCAUCAUCAUCACCAUCACCAUCAUCGUCACCAUGAAGGUGCUCGGUGUGUGUCUCACACUCUGCAGCCUCCUGACCCUGAGUCGAGCCGUCCCGCUCAACUCCACCGACCUGCGCCCCAAGCACGCGGGCCUCUGCGAGUACGUCCGGCUGCAGUGUUACCACGACGGCGUCGGAGCUUUCUGCCCCACGUGCGACACCGACGGGAAUUUCCUCCCGCAGCAGUGCUGGCCGUCGAGCGGGUACUGCUGGUGCGUGGACGUCCUGAGCGGAGAGGAGAUACCGAGCACGCACAGCCCGCUGGGAAGCGGACAUCACUGCGGCAGUGAAUACUACUGCCCCAAAGGCUGGACCUACUUUGGAAAAAAGUGUUUCACCUUCAUCGACAGCCCGAAGACGUGGACCGAAGCCGAGAUUUACUGUCUGUUUGAAGGAGCCAACCUGGCGUCAAUCCACUGCUACGAGGAGAGUCACUUUGUCAUGUCUUUGACCAGAGGAGACACCAACAGCUUCCCCCAAACCUGGAUCGGUGGCUUCAGUGCCGUACAUUCCGGUUUUUGGAUGUGGAGUGACGGCUCCAAGUUUCACUAUGAAAACUGGCACCAUGACCACAGCUCUGAUGGUCCGGACAAGGCCUGCCUGAAGAUUAAUUAUAAAUAUGACUUGAAGUGGUACUACGAAUCCUGUACCGAGUCUCUCCCUUUUGUUUGUUCCAAGAAGAUAUGAACUCAGACGUGACGAUCAAACAUCCAGUUCAGGUCACAGGUGCUCUACCUAACAGUUUGAGUUAUAUUCCUCUCUAAAAUGUUUCUUCUCUUGCUUGUUUUUGUUGAAUAUGAUCGAUAGGUUUUAUACACACAGCUUUUAGCGGGUGAGUGUGAAUAUCUGGGUCAGCUUGACCUGCUUUUGUAUAACAUAUAAACAAUCCUGCAAGAAUUGUAAGAAAUACAUUAUUAUAUCAAUAAAUAAUUGCACAAAACUUUAA